AUGCCCGCCGCAGUACCGACACGUCGUCGCAGACACUCAGGCUCAGAUAGCCUCGAAGCAGCGCGCGCCUUGCGCAAGAAGGCGCAGUCCAUCGAGCAUUUAGAAGUCUUCUUGCGUCCUAACUCUGCUCGUCCUCUUGGUGGGGACGACGACGCCCCGGAGGACUUUGCUCACGAGUCCGAAGACUCAGACACCGCUAGCUCCGUCGAUAAUACCGAAAACUUACCCCCUCCUGUUCCUGUGUCUGAACGACGAACGAAACCGCUCCCUCCUAACAAGAAACAGAAAAACGAAAAUACUACUACUGAAGAGAGUACGACAAUCGUAUCGCCUAAGCCUAGGGCUGCACGACCUGUCCCAAUUCUCUCGAAUCCUUCGCUCGUCCCGCAGCAAGCACGUCCGCCUGCAGCCAACUCGCAGUCGAGGCGGCUGAUUGUUGUGCUUGAGCAGGCAUGCCUAGAGGCAUACCGUGCUAGUUCUGGUGGCAGCGGUUCAGGGAAGAAGGGAAAGUCGGGCGGUGAGGCGAAAUAUGCCUUGCUGAACUGUGACGACCACCAGGGCAUCCUCGCAAAAACUGGUAGGGACAUCGCAGACGCACGACCAGACAUCACGCAUCAGUGUCUUCUUACGCUCCUCGACUCGCCUCUGAACAAGGCUGGACUGCUGCAAGUGUACAUACACACAACCAAGGGUGUUCUGAUCGAGAUCAACCCACACGUGCGCAUUCCGCGUACCUUCAAGCGAUUUAGCGGGCUCAUGGUCCAAUUACUUCACAGGCUCUUCAUCCGCGGGGUAAAUGGGCCCGAGAAGCUGCUCAAAGUCAUCAAGAACCCCGUGACAGACCAUUUCCCAGUCAACACGUACAAGCUCACCCUGUCGGGCGACGCGCCGACAAUACGUCUAUCGCGGUACCUGCCGACACUACCGGAGACGCACUCGAUUGCUGUCUUCGUGGGUGCUAUGGCACGCGGGAGAGAUAACUUUGCGGAUGGUAUUGUAGAUGAGAAGAUUUCGAUCAGUGAUUACCCGCUUAGUGCGAGCGUUGCGUGCGGGAAGUUCUGUUGCGCUGUUGAAGAGAUGUGGGAUAUCGUGUGAACCCUCUCUGCCGUCUGUCUAGACUCUUAGGACGGGAAACAACGGAGUCGUCUCUCAUUUUCACGUCAUCCACUUGUAUUUUCGGCCCUCGUCCGAUGCUUCUCGUUUCCACGCAUAUACUUCAUGGCUUCUGUUGCCUCUUUCCUAUCUCAUCUUACCUCACCUACUAUCCUACCGUUUCCCGUCCCAUCUUAUCACAUCCGCCUGUACCUGCAUAUCGUCAUCAUCAUCUCUCAUCUCAUCUCUCAUCUCAUCUACCUCGCUGUCGAUAUCUUCCUCUUUCCGUUACACCCCCUCUCUCUUCAUGUCUUCUCUUCAUUUCAUUUUCUUUGCUCGCUUUUUUUUUUGUUUCUCCUGACUGCCUGACUGUCCGACGCAUUCAACGCACGCAUACAUCAACUUGCAUUUCAACCUGCAUCAAAAAGAAGAUUAUUCUCAGAUUCUUUUGGAUAAUAGGUUUCGCUCUUUUCCUUCCUUCCUUUUUUUUGUAAUUUUAUUAAAAGUAUUCUUGCCGGUGGUGGAGGUGGUGUAGGUUGCGGGAGUCGUGGAUGGAGGAGGAGAGUUUGGUUCGGGUUUACGCUCGAGAGCGAGAUUCGGAUCCAGCUCGGCGGAGGGUGUGGAGAAGCAGAUUGAAGAGGACUAAUAGUUACUGUGCAUUAGGUGUACAACCAUUCCAAACGCAUACAAAGGAGGACGAGGCAGAGGGAGAGACAGGCAGGAGAGUUAGGCAUUACUUUCAUUCAGAUCGAAAGGAUGAUGAAAGGACCUGAACACGUUACGGUGUUCAACCCGCUGUUUUUUGUGUGGCGACUCAACUCGUCAGAGGUUCUUUUACUCGUCUGAAGAUCUUGGACAAUGAUAUGUUUGCUGUUUGC